AUGGCAAGAUUUCUAGGUCUCAGAGGUCGGAGUCUAGCGAGUGCCAUCAGCAUCACGUGUGGGCUUUGCUUUUUAUGUUUCGGCUAUGCCCAGGGUGUCAUGGGCGGUCUCUUGACCGUUCAGCAGUUCUUGGACAGAUUCCCUCAGGUUGAUAUCGUGAACGAGAGUUCGUUCCACAAUGCAUGGGUCGCAGGUCUUACUGUUGGAACAUGGCACCUGGGCUGUAUCGUCUCAGCUAUCGCGACAAUCUUCAUUGGCGACUUACUUGGACGCCGGCGCACACUCAUCCUUGGUCUUAGCUUCUGGGUUAUCGGCGAGAUCAUCCAAACAUCUUCUUAUAGCUUUCCGCAAUUCAUCGUCGGUCGCGCGAUCGCAGGUUUUGGCAAUGGCUUCACCACUUCAACAGCCCCCGCAUACCAGGCAGAAUGCGUCAAAUCCCAUCGUAAAGGAACGAUUCUUAUGAUCAGCGCAGGAGCGUUCGUCUCUGCUGGCAUUGCGCUUUCGUACUGGUUCGUCUUUGGCUUCGCAUACAUCACCAAUUCCUCGGCAUCAUGGCGCGUCCCCAUCGCCUUACAGAUCAUGUUCGCGCUUCCAGCUAUUGCAAUGCUCUUCUUUCUACCCGAAUCUCCUCGAUGGUUGAUCCUUACUGGACGCGAACAAGAAGCACUCACCGUGCUUGCGGCGCUGAACGACGACGAACCCGAUAGUUUCGACACAAAAGACGAAUUUUUACAGAUCAAGGAUGCGAUCUUGAUCAUGGCUCAGGGAUCUAGCGCUGGCAUGUUUUCUAACAAGGAGCGCAGAGGCUUCCACCGUGUCGUGCUGGCGUACUUUGUCCAGGUUUUCCAGCAAGGUACCGGCAUCAACUUGGUUCUGCAGUACCUAUCCUGGAUCUUCCUCACACGCAUGUCAUUUGAGGGAUGGCUGGCUCGCCUCUUAGCUUCGUUCUCAGCAACUGUGUACUUUCUUGCCUCCUUCAUCGUUGUAGUCGGUAUCGAUCGCUUCUGGGGUCGUCGCUCGCUCAUGAUGUUCGGUGCUGCGGGUAUGUCAGGAUGCAUGAUUCUUAUCACCAUCUUGCAGUACUUGUGGUCUGAGCAUAACAUGCAGGCAGGAAGGAUCGCCAGUACUGUCUUUCUAUUCAUCUUCUCAGUCUUUUUCGCAAUCGGAUGGCAGGGUAUGGCUUGGUUGUACCAGGUCGAAAUUGUGCCCCUCCGCAUCCGCGGGCCUGCCAACGGGCUUUCGACAAGUGCCAACUGGCUGCUCAACUUUGUCAUCGUCUUCAUCACCCCUAUCGCAUUCCAGCGCAUCUCUUACCGUACAUGGAUCAUCUUCGCGGUCACCAACUUCGCUAUUCUUCCCUUGGUUUACUUCUUCUACCCCGAAACCGCCUUCCGCUCGCUUGAAGAAGUCGAUGUCAUCUUCCAGUUGGCCGACGAUGCGCCCGGUAAUCCUUGGCUCACCGCUGUCGGCUUCUCUCAAAGCGAGCCGCUCUGGUUUGGAAAGAAGGAUCCCGAAAAGCGACUCAAUUUCAACUACGGAAACAGCUCGUGGCAUAAACGACUUGUCGAAAGUAUGCUCAGUCGUGAGAGUGGUAGUGGAAGUAACACCAACAGUGACAACACCGAAAAGAGACCAUGGACCAACGGUGAGAGUCCAGACUCUGCUGAGGCACCUACAAUUCUGCGCGGCCGGAAGAGAUCAGAGGAAUCACCCGUGGAUCCUCGACUCCACCGUUCACCUCCGUUGAGUCCAGCAACGACAAUGACGACAACUAUCACUAGCCAAAACCGACCCCGCAGGAAAUUACAAAAGCGCAACAGUAGUGCCAGUAGCAUGAACAGCUACAUGAGCCAGUCUCAGCCACCACCACCACCCGUCUUUGGUCUCUAUAACAACGACCGUCCUGCAGAAACGCAUCAGCCCACCAUGGCACAUCACCGCCACACACGCAGCACAUCUUCCAACUCACUAAACUCCGUGCGACCAGAAUGGUGGACCGACGACCUCGCCCCAGCUCCUGUGUCCACGCGCAGCAGAUCCUCAAGCAGACCAGGCAGCGUAAUGGAAACCCGUGGCCGACCCGAAUCUCGCAUCUCCCAAAGAAACUUAUCAAGCAACGUCCUCAACCGCCUCGUAAACCCUGAUCUACUGGCUCAACAGCAGCAGCAACCUCGACCGCAUAGAGCAGCAUCCAAUUCGUCCUUCCAGCACCAGGUUACUGACUACCGAUCUGAUGCUGCCACGAAUGUUGAUGGUGUCGACUAUCCGGGUAUGCUAGGUGGCGAGGAGCGCGGAAGAGGUAGGAGCGGUAUUGUGAGGACGCAGAGUGAGAGGGACACGUACCUCCCUGAUGGUGUUUACGAGGUUAUUGAGGGGAGGGUGAGGCAGAUUAGUGCGGGGCCUGCAAUCGGUACGGGGUCAAACGAGCUUGGAACCAGCCACAGCACGAUUCUCACUCGGUCAGAAGUUACGAAAGAGAGGCAGCUUGAUCGAUGGUACUCAGCCGCCCAGGCAGUAGUAGAUUAUUUGUCCAGAAGUCAUUUGCACGAGAACAUCGAGAUCAUCGACAAUGCCGCAUACCAAGGAAUUCUCACUUUUAAUUUGCAAGGACCUGCUAUCGCAGACGUGGUGCAAGAGUGGAGAGAUAGACACCCACUCUUCUUGAAAGCCUUGCGCGGCCGGGCUUGGAAGACCAUCGAUUUUAUUGGGUUCGGUUUUCGCAAAGAGCACUUCCGGCCGACUAUCAUCAUCGGAGCCAGUGAUGCCGAUUCAGAAACAUGGGACGAUACUGUCACCGCAGUAGGCCGACUAUUUGACUACGGAAUCGAUGUGCAGUUUCUGCAUGGCGAGGAAGGGCUGAAAACGUCCGAGCUUUCAGAUGAACUGAUAGAAGCAGUAGCCUUCGCGGGAGAGGAAGAGUCACGUCUCAAAGGCGUCGCAUAUGAAGCAGACGAUGUUCACAUCAGCGACCCAGCAGAUUUCUCAGCCACCCCCAUAUCAGGCUCCUCCGUGGGCAGAAAGAGUGGACACUCUAGGAGCAUAGGGAGAUUCUUGACAGUUCGACUUGGAGUUGCCGGCGGUCCCGAACAUCGGCUACUUCUGCUUUGUUGGCUCGUGUUGGUAAAACACUACGGAGACUUCCAGGAUAAGUAUUGGCAUUGA